CGUGAAGGUGCACAGUGACGAGUACUACUACUAGUAUCGUUUGAAGGAGCGAAACGUAAACAAACUGCAGGAUGAGCGUGUGACUCUAUAGGAACUUGUGACACUGUUAUUUAUGGAAACACACCAUUGGAAAUGUCCACCGAUAAGAGUCUGGACGAACUUGCUGAAGAAGAACUCCUGAAAGAAGCCAAACGAGCUGCCGAAAGGGCAUCAAUAGCUGGUGCCCUGGGAUGGCAAAAGUGUCCAUUAAGACAAAUGAACAAGACAUUUCUCAACAACACUGUGAUUAAUAUUAUGCAUGCGAACAAACUUAAAACAAAAAAAAUGCAAAAUAGGAAGGCUCAUUAUGACUAUGCAAAGGAAGAAUUAAAGCAUUCUACCCAGCAGCAGACAAUAGCACAAAAACAGUCAACAUAUCCAAAAGUCAGUGACUGCCGUGGUUCAGAUUCUAAAAGUGACCUAAAGCAUACCAAAAGUGGGAAAGUGAACAAACUAUUUGUGCAGAGAUGCAAGAAUAAAGAAAAGGAAGCCGUUGAUCUUAGAAGUGACAGUAAAACAAUCAAAAAUAAAAGUUAUUAGUUUUACGUAGCCUAACUAUAUUAUCUUAACUAUAGUAAUGCUGACAUUCAUGUGCAUUAGUACAGUAUACAAACACAUCUGUUGAUUCAUCACGUCAUUCUUGUUGUACAAAAUAGAAAAAUAACAUAAUUUUAAUGACCUUUUGCAGUACAGGAUACAGUUACGUAAUCAGUGUUGUAAUAGUUGUUCCUAUCUCUGCAUCAAAUAUUGAUAAUACACUGGUGUAAGUAA